CGGAGACACAAGACGGAAAGCCUUGCGGCAAUCCGUCAUCGGGACUGCAACUUUCAUGGGGCAGUACCGAGAUCCUGGCUAAACCGGGGAUGCAUCCCGGCUCCACAGUUAACCCUAACCCAGCCAUGAUCCAGUUCGUUCUCAUCCUGGGGUUUCGAAUUGGCCUCGACUCGUAAUUCAAAGGAUGUCUCUACUGUGUACACUUCAACCUCCAGGUUACUUAGUUUUCUCCACCAAAUAUCCCUUCCCACCAAGCCCUAUCCCGCGGUCGGCCUCUCGAAUUCCCCCAUGGCCAGGAGCAAGAAACUAGCCAAGCCCGCUCCAGACGGCUUCUCGUCCAUGUCGUCCAACCCCACGCCAUCCCCCUCCUGGCUCCACGACGGCCUCCCCCUCCCGCGACUGAUAGUCCUCGACCUCGACUACACCCUCUGGCCCUUCUACUCCGACAUCCACAUCUCGACCCCGAUCCGCCUCGUCCCAAACUCGUCCCCACCCACCCUCACCGACCGCAACGGCGAGCACUUUGCCCUCUACGCGGACGCCCCGCACAUCCUGCGCCUUGUCUCGUCGCUCCCCAACACGCGCCUGGCCGUGGCGAGCAAGUCGCCCGUUGGCGACCUUUGCAGGGAGGUGCUCAAGCUACUGCGACUGCCGCCGGGCGAGGGGGGCAGCGAGAAGGGGCCCAAACGGACGAUUGACGCGUUCGAUGCCGGGUUGGAGAUCUACGAGGGAACCAAGCUGAGGCACUUUGAGGCUAUUUCCAAGCGGACGGGGAUUCCGUUCAGUCAGAUGCUGUUUUUUGACGACGAGAGGCCGAAUCUUGAGGUGGAGAGCUUGGGGGUGACCAUGAGGCUGAUCCGGGACGGCUUGACCUGGGAGGAGCUGGAGAAGGGGAUAAUGCAGUGGAGGGCAAAUCAGGGGAUAGAAUGAGGGUUUGGGAAGGGGAUGAUAUUGAAUUGUGUUGCGGUUGGGUUUGUUGAUUGGUAUAGACGGAAUGUAGAUCUGGCGAGGUGUUUGGCGUUGUGAGACCGGCUUGGGACGGGCGUAUCAUGAUGGGCUUUGAAGUAACACAAGGAAACGACAGAUUCGGGACAUGAUUGCAUUGAAGAUGGAUCAUAUCGAGACUACCUCGCGAGGUAAUCAUAAUACCUUCCCGGCGAUAACAACUCGACGAGAUUCGACCGCUUCCAUGAUGUUACAGCUGUAAGCCGGUUUUCGAGAUUGCCUCGAAUUCUAACCA